ACUGUUGCCUAAUAAUUGUUAAUGGCCAAAUGUUCAUAGAAAACACGGGAUAUUAAGAAGAAAGAGAGAGAGAGAAUCAAUGACAGAUAACCCGAAAAAUAGAGCGGUAUUCUGUUUGUAAUUUUAUCUGAAAUACGUGUUAUACUACAAAACGGUACAAACACAAAGACAUUAUCCAACGUACAGCUAAAUAUGGCCACGAACUCUCUCGUAUUACCCGAAGAUGAUGCAUCCUUUCUUAAGUGCUCCCUUUGUAACGGUUACUUGUCAGUACCGCCCAUCAAAUCAUCCGUGGACGGAACUCGAUACCAAUGCGGAAGAUGCGACUUUUUGGAUCCUCAGAUAAACGUGAGAAACUUCACUUACGAACGAGUGGCCAAAUUCAUGUGCUUCCCCUGCAUUUACAAGGGCUGCGAAGAGAAGCUGCCUUGGACCGCUGUGAAAGACCACGAGCUGACCUGCCCCAGCCGCACCAUCAGGUGCCCCCUUGAAUCGUGCGGAAUAACAGUGGAAGCCUGCAACACCAUCGAGCACUUCGACGAGUACCACCCUGACACCAAGGUGAUGAAUGGAGUGUCCAAGCGGUACAGAUUGACCGUCAGGCCUGAACUCACCAAGCCUUUCCUGGGGAUGCUCGUCCAUGACGACAAACCGUACUUUUGCUUGAUUGGCAACAACGAACAGAAGCUACGGGUUUCCGUUUACUCGGUUGCAACUUGUACUGACGACAAGUACCAGCUCAUUCUGUCCACCUCGUUGGAUAGAAAAGUGUCAGUUCCGGGAGAAAAAGUUGUGCCGUACAAUGAUCGAGUGCACUGUACGCAGUGCUACAUGCGUAUCUGCCAGCUGCAAACACACAAGUACUCAAAAUGCUACAGCAAGCUCUACGAAAUGACUACCGAGUUGGAUCUCCUCUCGCUCAAGGCUAUCCUCAAGUCGGACAGUGUAUUCGGCACGAUAAUAAUAGAACCAAACAGCUACGUGGACAACAUGACUAUCAUGAAGAGGGCUCUAGAGUGCCCCAUUUGCAAGGACUACAUGUCAUCUCCGAUAUAUUUUUGCCAGACCGGCCACAUCAUCUGCCACAAGUGUAAGAACAAGCUGUUCAGAUGCCCCUCGUGCGAAGCAGAUUUUGUGGUGUCAAGGAAUUACACUGUGGAAGAUCUGUCGGAGAGUUUGCAGUUGACUUGCAACAACAAGGAGUGCGACUUUGUUGGAAGCGUUAAGGCUUUGAAGCUACAUGAAGACAGCUGCAAAACCAAGGCUGCCCCUUCUUCCCGUCCUUUUUUCUCUAAGCGAAGGAUAGUUAGAGUGAGGCGGAAGCUCUACAUUGAUUGAUUAUUUUGCUUAUAAAACGCCAAGAUUUUAUAUUAGAGUGCAGGUGAUUUCACUUGUAAUAUGUAUUUUAGUUUGUGAUAUUAAAUAGUUGGUGGUUGAA